UGUUCAGUUGACGGCCGCUCACUGACGCGAAUGGUAAUGCACUUCUUCUCCGAGAAAAGUGGAAAACUUUUUGAAUUAUAGUACAAUUUCCUUUUCGAACAAUCUUCUUCAUAUUUCUGUGCUCGUAAGGUGUCAAAAAUAAAUUUGAGUGGUAUGUGAGAAAAAUAUCAGUCAACUGAUUGAUCAUUUUUUGCAGUAUUGAACAAGUAGUGUACACUCCAACAGCAAUGGUUUCAUCGACUGCAGGGAAUACCAUUACUUAUCUCUUUUUUUACUUCACUUGCUUACUUGGAAAUCAUGGAGUGGUGUGCUUGAAGCUGACGAACUUCGACGUGCCGAACCACGCGGACAUGGGCAGCUCGGCCACACUCGUCUGUGAGUUCGACGUGGACAAAGCUGCUCUGAACUCAGUCAAGUGGUACAAAGACGAGCACGAGUUCUUCAGGUACAGUCCGAGCGCCAGUCCCAGCGCUGUCACCCAGAGCUUUCCUCUCACUGGAAUCAGCUUGGAUAAUUUGAGGUCAGACAAAAAUCGGGUGAUCUUGAAUCGCCUAACUUACAAUAGCUCUGGCAUCUACCGGUGCGAAGUAUCAACUGAUCUUCCUGAUUUCAAAAUCGCUUAUGAAAGCAAAAAUCUCACCGUUGUCUCUUUUCCAAGAUGGGGACCAGAAAUUGCAAACAUACAAGAGCAUUAUACGGUGGGACAAAUGAUAUCUGGCAACUGCAGUGUUGCACCUUGCCACCCGAAGCCAAGCAUAACAUGGCUUAUCAACAAUCACAUGGUGGACAGAAGAAGCAUUUAUGUGGACUUCCAAAACGACGAGGAUGGCAGAUGGCUGACGUCAGCCUGGUCAACCCUGCACUACGAGCUGCGAGCCGAGGACUUUCAGAACGAGAACCAAGCCGUCGAGAUUCUUUGCCGAGUUUCGUUGGGAGGAAUCCCUGGCACAGAACUCGAAAAUAAAUUUACCAGCAAGCUACUGUCGAAAAAAAGUACACAGGAAAGCGCGCUGCAAAGUUUGAGAAACUCUGGUGGAAGUUACAUGAACAACUAUCGUGAAUGCCUCACUUUGCUGUCAACUCUCCAAAUUUUGAUACUAUUCAUUCUGCCAACAUGGGCCAACAUUCCACUUUCAGGACUAGUACAUGCGCAUUCAUAAAUCUGAAAAGUGUUUAUUGGUCGAUCCUCCAAAUAAUUAUAUCAAAUUACUGUAUGAGUAGACUUAAUAUUGUUCACUGUGAUACUAGGUAUAAUUAUUAUGAUCAAAGUAUAUAUGUAAAGUAACAAUUAUUGUGCAUCUUUUAUUACCGUAAUCAUUAUCAUAAUUAUUGGAUGGACGGUUUUGUCUCAAUAUCGCAAAACCCCAUCGAAUAAAAUUGAUUAUACUCACUUAUUGUAUCGAUAUUUGAAAAGUAUGAGUGAUGAGAGUGUAAUAGAUGUUUCAAAUUGUGUUUUUGUAUGAAGCAGAUUGAUUUCGUGAAAUAAAAAUAUUUUUUCCAGUCUUCUCAACAGAUCUAGAGAUGAUUGUUGAUAAGGGAAGAAACUCUGAUAACUUCCUUAUUUUGCGUUUAUAUUGAGAGCAUUGCUUUGGAGCUGUAUCUAGGUUUCCAUAGAAUCGGCUUUAAUAAAAAAUAUCUUAGCUUUCGGUUCAGCUCUCAAGCCAAGAUUUGGUUUUGUUUUCACUUUUCAUAAGGGUGAAAUCAUUGAGGAAAUUUGAGGAGAUUAACAAAAUUCCUAUAAUAAAUGGUAUCAGUCAAAAUGGAAUACACGAUCAUUGAUAUUGCGCUGUUGUCAAUGUGAAAUUCAAUCAUACAAUGAAUGAGAAAAGAAUAGAUGAAUGGAUUUAAGGAUUAAAUCAUAGAAUGUCCCGAAAACAAUUAAGAGCUCCUUUUCUGAGCCCUAUGAUGAAGAAAGGUUCAUAUAGUGGUGUUACCAAGCAACCCCAUCCAACAUUUCUUGAAGAUUUCCCCAGAUACCUCUUGAAUCUGGCUGGAUCAUUCCAGCAUUACUCUCUGGAUUACACUUUUAUUCCCUUUGGAUCGAACAGAGUGUGGUUCUCACUUCUUCAAGUAGGCUCACUGCUUUUCACUGCACACAUACAGGCCUACUGCUAAGUUGAGGUUUCACAGUCAUCGGAGCUCUCGAUUCCCAACAAUUCAAUGUAAGAUAUACAUGAGCUUUGAUACUGAACUGAGACGCAGAUAUAGAUGAAAACCUAAGAUACUGAAAAUAAUUAAUUAAAAUCAAGUUGCAAUCAUUUAAUCGUAUCAUUCUUACACUUCAUUCAGUAGAAUGAGAAGUAUAUUAUGAUGUGAGAGAUAAAUUUUCAAGUAGUUCUACACAAGGAAAUCCUUAGUGGAUAAAUUUAUUUUGAAAUGCAUGAAUGAAACUUGACUACUCACUCCUUCGAGGUUUUCUGGAGUUUCCAAUAUAUUAUCUUGAAACCAAGAAAUACUAUGGCUACUAGUGUUGUAACUUCCUCUUAUGAGUACUGAAUAUUAUGAUAAACUGCUUUUUAAAUUAAUAAAAGCCAAAGAAUACUUAUUCAUUAUGUAAUACAAUUUUUUACGUCCCCCGAAUUAUCAAGUUUUCCUUUUGAGAAUUCAAUCUGCUUGAAUUUAUUACUAAUCAGUUAGAUUAAAUAGACGGAAUCAAAUUAAGUAGCCGUCCACAGAAAAGACUAUAUUAUACUGAUCACUGAUGGAAAUGUGCUCAAGUGAUUUAUUAUCGUAUGAUGAAUCAUGAAUGCGUCAAUGCGUGUGUGUGAGGGCAUGGAUUUUAUCAAUGCUCUGGUUUCUUAAUAUUUAAUCGAGACUGUGAGAAUAAUCAGCAUUAAAAUCAUAUUAUAAAUGUGUUUGAAUUAAUGAAUAACUUCUCACUCGCUAUCUUCCUAUCCACUUGAGGGGCUGAGUUUGAGAGGCUAACGAUUUGUCGAAAAAAUUCUGAAAUUGUGAAAUGUUAUAAUUCACCAUUGCUGAUAAAAACCAGUUAUCUAUUCCUAAUUAAUGAUAAUCAAUCAUAAUUAAUAUACCUCACAUUGAAAAUAUAAAAUUUUUAAAUGUCAAUGAACUGGUGCUGCUGACUGUGAGAGAUUUAUUGUCAACGAAAAACUGACUAGAACGUCAAUUAGUCAACUUUUUUGGACAAAUUUCAGAUGAAAAAUACAGUGAAAAUGAUUCAGACAGGGUUUUGUCCGUCCUACAUCCCAUUGUACUACCGUGAUAAUCAUUUUAAAAUUCUAUAAUAAUUGGUGUCAUUCUUUUCAGGUUUUCCUCAAAAUCAAAAUUCCCUUACUGAUAGAUUAAUUAGUACCUUCCAAUUAACAAAGAGUGUGCUAUUGAAACACGAGUAUCAAUAGAAAAACCAAUAAUUUUUUGUACAUGAUAUUAAUGCUCAGCUCGCCAAAGUCAAGCGGAUAGGAAGAGUUUUUGUUCGUUUAUCAUAUUUGUCAGCAUUGUAGUCAAUAAAUCUCGUUUUAAAAUGUAAAA